AUGUCGAAUUCGGCACAAACGAGAACGGUCCGUCUUACGGUUAUUGCUGCAGAUGGGCUCAUCAAAAAGGAUCUCUUUUUCAAAUUGCCUGACCCAUUUGCCGUUGUCACUGUGGACGGGGAGCAAACGCAUACGACUACGGUUAUGAAAAAGACGCUCAAUCCAUAUUGGAACGAAAGCUUUGACCUCCAAGUUACGAAUCAAAGUGUGAUUGCAGUGCAAGUGUUUGAUCAGAAAAAGUUCAAAAAGAAGGAUCAAGGAUUUCUUGGAGUGAUUAACGUGCAAGUGGGCAAUGUCUUUGAUUUGGAUAUUGGUGGCGAUGAAAUGAUGACUCUCGACUUGAAGAAAUCUAAUGCAAAUGAGACCGUGCACGGCAAACUUAUUCUCAACAUUUCUACCAAUGUCAAUGCUCCUAUUCGUAAUGGCACCAAUACCCUUGUCCCAGGCACACACACUGCUGCAAGCACUAGCAGUCCUCAACCCAAUACAUCGACAUCAUCCCUCUCUCAAGCAACCUCCAAUGAUCAACGUGUCUCAUCUUCUGCUACAUCACCUUCAGUACCACCAGCAGCCGUUACUACAACAACAAAUCCAACUUCGACAACCGCAACAUCUUCAUCUGCUCGUAACAAUACCCACGAUGAACGAAACGAUUUACCACCAGGUUGGGAGAGACGAGUGGAUCAUUUGGGUCGACCUUACUACGUGGAUCACAAUACACGAACAACCACGUGGAAACGUCCUUCAGCACAAAGCGCACAGGAACAACAACAAGUGACCGAGCUUGAAAGACAACGACACAAUGCUCGUGGCCUACCCGAAGAACGUCAACCAACAGCCACAACCAGCACAAGUGGUGGAUCAAGUGGUGGUGGCGGUGGCGGUGGUGGUGAUACUUCUCAGAACCGCUUAUCUACUGCUGGAUCAAUUACUGGCACGCAGCAACAAGGGUCAUCCAAUAAUGUAUUAUCGAUGCAACAAAACAUGACAACUGCAGGAUCAGGACCACUUCCACCAGGAUGGGAAAUGCGAAGUACACCUGAAGGUCGACCCUAUUUUGUGGACCAUAAUACCCGAACGACGACGUGGGUGGAUCCUCGACGACAACAGUAUAUCAGCACUAUUGGUCCUGGAUCGAAUUUGCAAGUUCAAGUACAGCCUGUAUCACAACUUGGGCCACUACCAUCAGGAUGGGAAAUGCGUCUUACCAGCACAGGACGUGUGUACUUUGUCGAUCACAAUACCAAGACAACCACGUGGGAUGACCCGAGACUACCGAGCAGUUUGGACCAAAAUGUGCCACAAUACAAGCGUGAUUUCCGCCGCAAACUUAUCUACUUCCGAUCACAACCUGCUCUACGACCGGUACCAGGCCAAUGUCAUAUCAAAGUGCGUCGUGAACACAUUUUUGAAGACGCCUAUGCAGAGAUUAUGCGCCAAGCACCUGCCGAUUUACGCAAACGUCUCAUGAUCAAGUUUGAUGGCGAGGAUGGUUUGGAUUAUGGUGGUUUGUCAAGAGAGUUUUUCUUUUUGCUCUCUCACGAAAUGUUCAAUCCUUUCUACUGCUUGUUCGAAUAUUCGGCUCACGACAACUACACGCUGCAAAUCAAUCCUCAUUCUGGUAUCAAUCCCGAGCACUUGAACUACUUUAGGUUCAUUGGUCGUGUUGUGGGUCUUGCCAUUUUCCACCGCCGAUUCCUUGAUGCUUUCUUUAUCGUGUCGUUCUACAAGAUGAUUCUUAACAAGAAGGUGACCGUUGCUGAUAUGGAAAGUGUGGAUGCCGAAUUCUAUCGCAGUUUGCAAUGGAUCUUGGACAACGAUAUCACUGAUAUUUUGGAGCUGACGUUCUCGACUGAUGAUGAUCGAUUCGGUGAGGUGGUUACGGUGGAUCUCAAACCAGGAGGACGCGAUAUUGAAGUGACCGAGGAGAACAAAAAGGAAUACGUUGGCCUUGUCACUGAAUGGCGUAUCUCUAAGCGCGUUGAGGAGCAAUUCAAAGCUUUCAAAGAAGGUUUCAACCAAUUGAUUCCUCAAGAUUUGGUGAACGUGUUUGAUGAACGUGAGCUCGAAUUACUCAUUGGUGGUAUUGCCGAGAUCGAUGUGGAUGACUGGAAGAAGCAUACCGAUUAUCGUGGAUACACUGAACAAGAUGAUGUGAUUCAAUGGUUCUGGAAGUGUGUACGAUCAUGGGAUAGCGAAAAGAAAUCUCGAUUGCUACAAUUCACUACUGGCACGUCGCGUAUUCCUGUCAAUGGAUUCAAGGAUUUGCAGGGUAGUGAUGGCCCAAGACGUUUCACUAUUGAAAAGGCGGGAGAGGUGACACAAUUGCCCAAAGCACAUACAUGUUUCAAUCGUAUUGACAUGCCUCCAUACAAAUCAUAUGAUGCAUUGGUGGCGAAGCUCUCGAUGGCCGUUGAAGAAACCCUUGGAUUUGGUCAAGAGUAA